AUGGUCAAUAUUGUACUUGCCAUCGAAGAAGCUGGAAAUAACACUGUAGCAAAAUUAAUCAGGGUGCAACAUCAACUUAAAAAAAUCAAAUUGAUCACUGUUCAAGCCAAUUUUAAAUCUGAUUUGCUAAAAGAGGCGGUAAUUAAUCAUCAAGACACUAUUGUUGAUUACGAUGUUGAUGGCUUUGGCAGUUUGAUUCAAGUGGUUCCAUCAUUCAAAAAUUUAAGAUCUUCAGUUGACUACAACAAUGUGAAUGGUAAUAAAUUGUUUGACGUUUUGACAAAAACACAACUUGUGGGAUUGAAAGUAAUGAAAUUUGACAACCUAAUGACUGUUUCUAAUGCAUCAUUCAACACCCUGAGAAGAAAUUGGAAAGGAGCCACACCUUUUCUUAUAAAGUUUUCAAGAGAAUGGGAUAAUUGUAUGGAUACAUUACAAUUGGUUAAAAGAUUAAAGAAAUAUCAAAAAUUGGGAUUUUUGGAUUAUGUGCUUAGGGAUGAAUUCUUCUAA